AUGGACCGGUUUAACGAACCGAAAAGCAGUCUCGAAGGACUCUUAGAUCCACUCACCGACGCACUAGACCACACGCUGGCAGUGUCUAGUGCAAUAGUCUCCGGCGUGGAUCCUCCUCGUAUAUCUCUAUACGAACCAAUGUGCAGUAUUCCUUACGAUUGGAAUGACACAACUGAUCAGUCUGAUGCGAUAAAGCCCACGCACUUAACCACAAUCAGCAAGGCGAUACCUCCAACGGCGUCGGCAAAGGACAGAUCCAAUAAAGUUCACGAAAACUGGUCAACACCACACCCAUUACAGAGAACAGUAGCUGGCGUAAACCCACGAGAAGAUACUCCAAAAUAUACACGCCAUGCUCCAGUCCAGCUCAAGCCAACGUCACUGGCCAAUUCGGUAACAUCAACGGAUUUCAAGCAGCAUGCACAUCCUCAGCUCAAGCCAAAGUCACAAACCACAACUCCUAGAGUGGACCAGUCUUCCGUCCUACCCCCAACCCAAACAGUUAGUUCACGGAGUACCGAUAGUCUGACCAAGCCAACAUGCUCUUUAAACCUGAUGUGCUACAGAUCUGGUAGCCAGGGCUGUGUAAGACGCCAAAUCCAUGUACUCAGUCAAGCCAGGUUGGGCGUAUCUCGAGACGAUUACUCCAAAAUAGUUUCCGUGAAGAAUUCAGGUGGUUUGAUUCGAAAUGAUAAGGAGUUCUUCGCCGCCCUCCAUCGCGAAUACGAGCACCAUAUCUGCGGCUUUUGGCGACGAUACCUAUCGCUUAAGACGCUAAGACAAAUUCGACUCUUAUCGUAUACGCCUUCGACCCGUCCCGAAGUCGUGCCAAUGGAUGACUUUACUCUGCAAGAAAUCUUCUAUGCGUACCAACACUUCGAAAGCAUAAAGACGGAAUCGGAGUGGAUUGAAUGGGUGUUCCGGCUUCGCCAGGCGGACCGCCGUCACGCUCUAGAGUUUGUGGAGGACUGGAGCGGCUUCCGCAUUGGCCUUGUUGGGUCAGUGCCGUGGGUCGCGGCGACUGUAGUGGGUGUUGCGUGGACGGCAAGAGGUGGUGACGCACAGACGGCUUUCACGGUUGCUGGUUUCAUUCUAACGGUUGGAACUUCUUUACUUGCGCUCCUUGCUAUCAUUAGCAAGAUUGAGUCUUGA